UCGAGUUGUAACACGGACGUAAUCAUUGUCCUCCCUUUAUCACUCCGAACAACACAGCAGACAGGAACGGGAUUUUUUUUUUUUUUAAUUAUUGUUCUUUAAAGGAUUCGACUCAGAAAGUCUCACCAAGAUGUUUCAAAGUUUGGAAUUCUUCACUUUAGUUUUCCUCUCUGUAUCGGCCGAAUCCCUUACAGGUAACGUCUUAGCACCACAAAAUGUGUCCAUACAGUGGAUUAAUGACUUUGAAACAAAGCUGUCCUGGGACCCACCACGGGAUUUGGUGGCAAACUGCACACCGAAGUAUAAAGUGAUUUCAAUGACACGAGAAAGGUACAGCGGAGAAACACGAGAUGUAGAUACACACGAAUAUUGUUUUUACACGGUGAUGAAGGGAGGAUUUCUGAGUUUAUCUGUAAAAACCAUCUGUGGUGACAAGAGUGGUGUGGUUGUCCACAACUUCACUUACCCAGACUUGGUGUGGAAUGUGAUGUGCUACAUCCGCUCCUCGCGUAACUAUGAAUGCCUCUGGCUGACAGCCACUGAUGUUCCAGAUCUCCGUUUUUUCUUUCGGUUCCCGAGUCAAUCAUCAAAUGCCGACUGCACAGCCCCUUUACCAUUACAAGAGUGCUCAUCGUAUCUCAUCACAAAUGGAAAGAGGACUGGUUGUAAUCUGCAGGACCCAAUUGCCUAUGACAUCCACAUGGUGUUCAAUGGAACACUGAACAACACGCUUGUCAGGAACACAUUCAGGCAAACAAAUCCAUUAGUGAGACCUCCUGCCCUGGAAUGGACAAUUACUGAAGCUGGGGAUAAAUUCAAUAUUAGUGUGAUUCCUCCUGAUUACCGACCGUCUAGGUGGACUUUACUUAUAAAUUACACUGAGUGUGGUAAAGAAAAGCAUCAACUACAAGAAUUAAAAACAGCAUUUCAGAUGCCCCGGCUACUUCACUGUCCAUACUACAUACAAAUUAAAGCGGAAAUUGACGACGGGAAGGGAGGUUGGACACCAUGGAGCGAAAAACUGUCUUUUGGUGCGAUUACAGAUCCUAAUCCGAUGGUGUAUGCUAUCAUCCCCAUCCCAAUAGUGUUUGCUGCCCUGGCGGUGCUGACUUUUAUUUGUUACAAGAAGAAUAAGGAAACUAUCUUCCCAAAAGUACCAGAACCUCGUGACCUCGUCAGUGAUAUUUCUGACAACAACAAUAAGAGCAAUGUCCGCAACUUGUACAUCCCAGCAGCAGAAGAAGAGGAUUGUAAAAUCACUCUGGUGCUAGAUCCCCAAUUCACCCAACUGGACUCUUGACAUACCCCUGAAGUGGCGACAACCUGAACUUGCAAGAACUGUCUCUCGCAUUAUGGUUGAACUUGCUCAACAUGAAGUAUGGAGACUUUAUUUUUUUGCGUGACAUUUCUUGGCCUCUCUGUUUCUUAAAGCGUUAAACAGAUUUUGUUCCCUAUUUCAAUUGAAUGAUUUGUCAUUUUGAGUCAUCAAGUGUUUUAAGGGAAGUGUCAACACAAACUUCCCCUAAAGAAGAUAGAGGCAGCUACUCCUUAUUCGUUGCUUACAAACUGCAAUUAAAAUCCAGCUGAAAUUCAGCUAAUGACUGAAUAACCUGGAACUGAAAGUCACUUCUAAAUGGGACCAAUCUAAAUUCAUUGUUACAGUAUAUUUACCUUUCUACCAAACAUUUCUGUCAUUUACAUGAAUUUACAGCUUAUGUGUAAUAUUUCUGUUUACAAGAUUAAGCAUAUUUCAUUUAUUUUCUUUUUUUCAGAGUUUAGGUAAGCAAUCCUUUUUUUCUGCACAACAAAAAAAAACUAAAUCUUCAUCCUCUGUCCUCUAUUUUAUUACAAUUACAGCCAUUAAUGACUGCAUUUUUCAAGUGAGAGCAAUAAGCAUUUUUAAAGACCAAAUAAGCCUCGCUACUGCAGUGCUGUGACAAGCAGCGAGAAGCUGUGUGAUAAAUGAAUGUGUCCCAAGACAUUAGUUUACAGAACAUGCAUCGCCUUUUUAAAAUCCCAGCUAUCAUUGUAAAUGUUUGUUUUGUUUUGGUUUUGAAUGCUUUGAAUAUCUUUGGCUCUGGGAUCUUAUAUGAGAGAAUGAAGCCUCUCUGUUUGCACUAAAUAAGCCCACAUUUUUAAAACAAUGAUUGAAACUUUAACUGAUCGUAAUAAUCAUCACUGCAGCUAUUUUCCUUGAAAUAUCAACAUCUGUCACCUGCAGUCUUGAUGAUUUACACUGUGUAACUGCUGAAUGUUGUUUUUUAUAUAUAUGUUUUUUUUAAGAUAAAAAAAACCCCAAACAGAAUAAACUGUGUGCAACUGCCACCACGUUACAGCCUGUCAGUCUGCUGUAUACACAAAGCAAAGACAUCUACAGUAUGUCUUUGCUUUGUCCAGGUUUAAGAUCCAGGUUGACAGGUCAAAUGGUUGACAGUUGAGGAAGUUAGAUAUGUAAGAAUCACCUCCAUAACCAUAAUCCUUUGUUGGCAUACCAAUAUCAUCCCUCAGAGCAUAACUGUACUGUGAUUGCUGCUCAUACCAACCCUAUUGCACUUGUGAUUCUACUUCGCCGCCAUCUAGUUCAUGGCCAGUCGCUUGCUGUGGCCCACUGUACUGGCCGCCUCCUAUGAUGAGCACAGUACAUAUAAAGUGUGUUGCCCAAAGAGAAUUCUGUGAAGCAUUGUUGCCUUGAUUGUUAAAUGACUGUGUGGGCAAAGGUCAGGGAAACACCUGGAACUUCAACACAAUGGAACAACUGAGAUUGUAUUCAUAUAAACAGUUCUGGGAAGGAGAGCUGCCCUGAGGUAGACCUCAGUGAUUGCAACCACAUUUAAAUAAGCAAUAGACUAAAGAUAUCAAAAGACAAAAAGCUAGAGUUCAAUCUUGAACAUUGGGUUAGAUUUGAAAAGCUUGUUAUAUUAUCUAUUGUGUAAAGCUUCACCUAAAGAGUAAGUAAAGCUGUCAAAUAAUUGUAGUGGAGUAGAAAGUACAAUAUUUCACUUUGAAAUGUAGUGAGGUAGCUGUAUUAAAAUCCAUCAACUGGAAAUACUCAACUAAAGCACAAAUACUUAAGUACAGUACUUAAGUAAAUUUACUUCUUAGUGUAUAGCCACUUAGCUUAGCUGGUGAACAGAUGAAGAUAUUUUGAACAUGUGUAUUUUUUUAAGUCUACCCUCAACAGCUGAAGGCCUCACUUGGUCACCAGUUAGACUUUUUCUGCCUUCAGAACAGCUAUGAGAUGUUCGUAGAGCUAAGAGUUACCUGGAGGGUAGUAUUUACUCUUAAGAGCUAACAUAUGAAUGUACAGUGUUUAAGGAAGUAGUAGAAUGGCUUGAGUAGGAGUCUAAAAAUAUGUUUCUUCUGUAUUGAGCUGAUACAGUAGUUUCACUGACCUGAAGUACCAAGUACUUUUUUGUUCCUUGGAAAAAAAUUUAGUUUUGUUCCAUGGAACAAAAUAGUUCCAUUUGUUCCGUGGAACAAAAUAGUUCCUUUUUCUUCCAUGGAACAAAAUAGUGAAAGACGUUUCCAUAUACUGUAUAUAAGCUAUAUACGCCUCUUUCUUAUUUUUUUGAUAGCCUUUAAUGUGAAAGAAAUAAAUCAUGUGAAAUAUACUGAUGUAUCAAUGAUGGUCUGUUCUUAAACAUUACAUGAGAUUCAGUGUUUCCCUCACCAUUGGGUUUAUUCUGCAUUAAAGAGUUUAUUUCUCAAAAAGAA